AUUCUGCCUGCUGCUGCUCAGAUUUCAGACUGAUUGGUCGAUUGGUCAUGCGUUGCAUAGUUGGAUUUUACCAGACCGUCGUGAGACAGAAAUAAAGCAACAACUCCUCUGGACGGACUGAGAAAACUGGAAUACAGAAGAUCUGAAAUCUUCCGCCAGCUUCUCGGAGUUGCUGUUCAACCCACCCAGAACCUGACAAAUUGCCCUGGGUCACCAGGAAAAGCAGAUGGAAACAUCAUCUGAAAGUGAAGAGAUGACUGUCACCGGCUGCACUGAGACGCCAGCCGUCCCCCCUAAAAGGCCGCGCUCCAAAUCACCACCUGACAAACGCAAAAGGGAAAAGUGGAAGGAAGCAGCAUCUGAACGUGACGAGGAAACGUCGUCUGGCUCCCCUGAGUCGCCGGUCGUCCCACCCAAAAGAUGGCGCUUAAAGUUACCGACUGAAAACUUCCAAAGGUUUCAACAAUUACUUUUCAACUUGAUCAACAAGCUCUGUCCUGUAAAGGACGAACAAGUAAAUGACCAGCUCCAGAAUCGUCCUGACAAAGAGAAGAAAAGAAAGGAACGGGAUAAAGAAAAGAUUUCAUAUGUUUUUACACAUUUCUGUGGGAAGACAGAUGGUUACAAAAAAAAUCUUUUUUAUUUGGAAAAUCAUUCAGUACAGAAAUCCAGCUUUUCUCCCAAAAGAUGUAAUCAAUUUGCAUUUGCUUUUAUCGAGAUGAAUAAUGGUCCACCUAAGAUUUUUCCUAUAACUUUCCCUGAUGAGAAAGAACACUCUGAGGAAAUUUUAAUUAGACAUAUUAAUACUUUUCUGGAGAAGAACAGAACACAUGCGAAGUCUAUUGGGAUUUAUACAGAAAAUAGUCCAUGUUUGAAGAGAUGUUUGCCUAAAAUUAUAUUAGAAUCCUAUAAGUGGCAGAAGUUUGGAAUUCUUACAGAUGUGUAUUUUUCAUCGUACUGGAGAAAAUCUUAUCUCAAAACUAUAGAUGUUUUCAGGGAAUCUUUAUGUACCGAUUUAACAAGUUGGUCUCCUGACUAUUAUGACAGAAUUGAGGCAAGACCCUUCAAGAUGGAAAUAAGCCUUCGAACCUUCAAACAGGAAAACUACUUUAAGCCGCUCUAUGAUGCCCUUGAAAAGGUUAAUAAUAAAGACAGAGAAAGUAAAAAGAAGGAGCUUAUCUCUCCUAAAAAGAAACUGUUGGAAGAACUGAAUAAUUCACCUCGCAAGAAAAGAGAAUACACUGAGCUGAUCAACGCAAAAGUAAAUGAUAUAAUUGCCAACUUGGAGUUAAACAUGGACCACAAAGUCUGUACAGAUAUUGCAGAGUCCAUGAUUGAAAAAGAUUUUCUUACACAUCUACAAGAAACACUGGCAGCAGACUUAGAACGGGCAGUCGUUCAGUUCUUUCAACAUCUGUUUCAGGGGAAUAACUAUCCUCUAAAACUUCACCAGACCAACAUGAUAGCUGAACUUCCUGUCUCGAAGGGCAAUUUAAAGUACAGCAAAUUCUCUAAAGAAGAAAGUCCAUUUUAUAGAAAUUUUAUAGAAUGUGAUAAAUUCAGUUUCCCAGUAGAUGUCAGUCAGCUUUCCAAAGCUAGAUUGAAAGAUAAAGAAAUCAGAAUUGAUUUUAAUACUCUUAAGACCCCAUCUCUGACCAGAAAACAACAUCUGGAUCAUGGAGAGAAAGUUAUUGCUUCUUCAGCAAGUGAUGAGACACUCUCUGAAGAGAUUUUAGAAAGCUGGAAAGAAAUUGUCAAACUUAAGUUUGAGUCUCUUGUGAAGCAAAACAUCGCAGAGGAUUUAUAUCGAGCAUUAAAAAAUCAACUGGAUUUGAGGGGAAAACAUCUGUAUCGCCUGGGAGCCAGCGCCCCCUCACCCCAGCAGGCCAUCCCCCCCUCAUGGCAUCACACGAGUCCAGCUGGAGGCCAGCGGCCAGAGUGUCAAGAUCCACGACAAGGGGCUUGA